AUGGAGGACAAUUCUGAAGCUAAUCAACUCCAUGAACUUGAAAUCAAGGAUAUUUUGCAGCUCAUCAGAGAAUCCAUUGUUAAACCUCUCUACAAAAAAGGUGAUAAACUACUAGUAGAAAAUUUCAACCCACUUUCUUUAUCUUCCGUUUUUAGCAAGUUAAUUGAAAAAGUAAUUCUGAAAAAUAUGUUAGAGCAUUAUAAUAAGCACAACAUCCUGGGAGAUUUUCAGCAUGGUGUCAGAAGUGGUCGUAGCACCAUGACUGCAACACUUCAAUUUAUACUGAAAGCUCUUGACAAAAUUGAUGAAGUAUUAACUGUAGAAGUUAAGAAAUAUACCUGUUGUAAUGCAGAAAUUCCUGAUCACAAUACUAGACAAGUACAAAAUUACCAUAUGAUACACAGAAUACUGAAAAAAACUGCAAACAGUUCAUAUAUUAAUGGAGCAAAAUACUGCAAUGCACUGGAGAGACAUUCAAAAAACAUCUAA